GCUUUGGAGAUAGUGUGGGAGUAGAGGAAGAGUAAAGGGGAGGAGUGGCGUCUGUGAGAAAAGCAGGAGUGGCAGAGGAGAGAGGGGUACUGAGGGUUACAGAACCAGUCAUAGUUCCCCAGGAACUGAAAUUUAAGGACACCUGAGUGUAGCCUCAGUGGAAGCUCCCAGCCAUCAUGGUUCUUCUGCUCAUGUCUGUGACUGUGCUUCAUCUGUUCACUCUGGCCUUGCUGUUCAUCGCCACCAUGGAGAAGUCCUGGUGGAUAUGGUCCGAUGCUGAAAUCACAGACCUCUGGUCUAACUGCAUUCAUGACAACGUAACGGGAAACUGGCUGUGUGCUGCCUCUAACGAAAAUGACUGGCUGCAGGCAGUCCAGUCCCUGAUGAUCCUCUCAGUGGUCUUCUCCUCUAUCUCCUUCCUGGUCUUCCUGGGUCAGCUCUUCACCAUGUCUAAAGGAGGGCUCUUCUAUUUCACAGGCCUCUGUCAGGUUUUUGCAGGUUUCACAUCAUUUGCCGCCUGUCUCAUCUUCACAUUCCACCGUAAGAAGAUCUUGGAAGACUCCAGAGAACUGAGCAUUGGCCACUUUGGCUACUGUUUCAUUCUGGCCUGGUCCUGUGUACCGCUCUUGCUCUUCAGUGGAGUCCUGUAUGUUCACCUGCGCAAGAGGCAGUGAACUAAGACAUACAUGAGCAGCAUUAUUCAGUAUUACUUGGUAUUGUUAGCCUAUUAUCACUUGACUGUACACUCUUAGAAACACGGUUUCAAAAGGAAUCUUCAGCUGUCUCCAUAGGAUAACCCUUUUUGGUUCCAGUUAGAACCCUCUGUGGAAUAGGUCCUACAUGGAACCCAAAAGGGUUCUACCUGGAACCAAAAAUAGUUCUUUAAAGGGUUCUCCUAUGGGGACAGCCGAAGAACCCUUUUAGGUUCUAGAUAGCACUCUUUUUUUCUAAGAGUGUAGUGAACAACAGAGACACAAUGUACGAUGAUACAGAGGUCUUUAUUUUAUCUGUGUUAAAUGUAUAUAUGUAUUGUGUACACACAGUACUAUUACUGUAUCUGUGAAAUACUUUAAAUUGAGUCUUCAUUUUAUAGAAUAUUCUUUACUGUAUGCAAUAUUGCUGCCGUUUGGGUUAAUUCUGUCAUUUCUGUGAUUAAGUAUUUGUUUGCAUAAAAUCUUCCUCAUGAUCAGCAAGACAUGCCUCAAGACAUGGAAUUAACUGGA